CAAAUAGUUGAUCAUAUUAAUCAAAAUGGACUUGAUAACUGUGAAUAUAAUCUUAGAGAAACAACUCACAAACAAAAUGUUUUAAAUUGUAAAUUAAGAAGAAAUAAUACUAGCGGUUAUAAUAGAAUUUCUUUACUUAAAAAUAAAAAUGUUUGGAGAUUUUAUUG